UUAGAGACCAAACGCGCCGGGCGUGCAUCUCUCAGUGUACAUAGAAAAACAAUAAUGGACCACAAAAAGGUCAAAAUACCAACGUGCGAGGUGUGUCAACAACCAGCAAAUCAGAUUUGUGGAGGCUGCAAACUUGCCUACUAUUGCUCCAGAGGGCAUCAAAAGCUUGGAUGGAGAGAAGGCCACAAGUUCAAAUGUUGUGCAUUCAAGAUUCAAUAUUCAGAUACGUAUGGCAGACACAUGAUAGCUACGAGGGAUAUAAAACAAGGUGAAAUGAUCCUAAAAGAGAAACCGGCAGUCAUUGGGCCAAGAAUGAGCUGCGCUCCACACUGCUUGGCAUGCGGAAAGAAGCUGGAACCACUGAAACGAGAAGAUUGUUUUGAUUUCUACAAGUGCUCCUUGUGUAAUUGGCCAAUGUGUGGUCCAGAAUGCGAGAAAGCGGAUAUACAUAAGCUCGAAUGUAAAAUAAUGUCAGACAGAAAAUAUAGAUGUGCUAUCAAAUAUGAACAGGUGGACAAAACCGAAGCAGCUUAUUGUGUUAUUGCACCUCUUCGAGUUCUAUUAAUGAAGAACUCAAAUCCCCUUCAAUUUGAAAAUGUGAUGAGUUUGGAAUCUCAUUUAGAGGACAAAAAAGAUACUCCGUUAUAUUUAGUUCUCAGGGCCAAUUUAGUGACAUUCAUUGUUCAGGUUUUAGGUAUGGAAUUUGAUGAAGAAACUAUAUUAAAAGUUGCUUCUAUAUUUGAUAUGAAUGCAUUAGAUGUGAGAUCAACUGACGGAUCUAAAAGAUCAAGAGCUAUUUAUGUUACUGCAUCAAUGUUGAACCACAGUUGUAAACCUAAUACCCGUCAUAUAUUUCUCGAUGAUGACUAUAAAAUUGCAAUAAUAGCGACAUUGCCAAUUUCCAAAGGUGAUAUUAUAACUACAUCCUAUACACAAGCCUUGUGGGGAACCUUAGACAGACGAAGAUAUUUGAGAAAUCAGAAACUUAUUGAAUGCGAAUGCGAAAGGUGUAAAGAUCCAACUGAAUUGGGCACUUACAUAGGUAACAUAUAUUGUUCAAUUUGUAAUGGACCUGGUCGUGACAACAAUACAUCUAAACCAAUGUUGGUAUCAAAUAAUCCUUUGGACGAAACUGCUCUUUGGAAAUGUGAAAAAUGUGAGCAUUUCAUUCAAAGUAGGCAAAUGUUCUGGGGUAACAACGCAUUGAAGCAAGAUUUGAGUAAAUUAAAUAAAAGUGAACCUAAACAAUAUGAAGACUUCAUUCGUAGAUAUAGUAAUACUUUACACCCACUUAACCAUUUAGUGGUUCAGGCCAAAUUGGCUUUGAUACAAAUUUAUGGAAAUUGUAAAGGAUAUAUUCUAACAGAAAUUUCCGAUCAAAUUUUAAAAAGAAAAAUUGAUUUAUGCCACGAACUUCUGGAAUUGUCUGACAAAUUAGAACCAGGAUGGACUAGGUUUCGUGGUACAUUACUGUUAGAUCUACAAGCGGCAAUGACCAUGCAAACGAAGAGAGAAUAUGAAACUGGGAAGAUUACGAAAGCUGCAGCUCAGGAUCAACUAAUGGAGAGCAUGGUAUUAUUGCAAGAAGCUACAAACAUUUUAAAAGUAGAACCCUAUAUGAGAACUGCAUUAGAGGCUAAAAUUCAAGAGCUAUCUUCUCAGUUAGAUACAGCAGAAAAUGGAGUUGCCAAUAAUUAAUAUUAUUGGAAUGUUUACAUUGCAACAUUUAUAUUUUACAAUUUACGAUCUACUGUAAAAUAAACAUAAUUAAAUAUUG